AUGUAUGAAAACUGGCUUCUGCUUCCUGCUGAGGGAAUUCGGGUCACGAGAAUUUAUUUUCCGAGCUGGGAGCCGGGGGCCACGUGCGUGCGAUCACAGGUGAGCAGCCCCGAGCAGCGGCGCGGCGGCAGUGGCGGGAGCAGAAACAGCCGAGGGCGCCCCUUAAGGAACGGGAGCACGUGGGCCUGGAAGAAUGGCGCCGACACCAGCCCGGCAAAGCCAGACUCCAAAGUGGGAACGAGGACCGCCGCGGUGCCUGCCCAGUUCCCCGAAGCCCCCAAGCCCGACUCAGGCAGGAGAGCACUCUUAACCCGUCGGCUCACCUGCCGGGGAGGCGCCAAGGGGCGGAGUCGAGGGCCGGAAGUGCGCCGGAGGGCGGGCCUGCCCGCGAAAACCGCCGGCCGGAACUGCCAGGACGUCCCGCCCCCAGGCGGAACUCCGGGUUGCUGGGCAACCGGAGUGGGCGCCUUCGGCAGGCUCAGUGUUCCCCGGAACAAGCCGAGUGUAGCCCCCACCUCUUGCCCUGGCAACCUCCCGUCCCGCCCGCCUUCCUUCUUGCCGCCUCUCCUUGCGUCGCGGAAUCCCUGCCCUUGGCACUACGCACACGUCUGCGGCUCCCACUACCACUUAGCGCCCACCUGCCGGAAAGCCAGUCUCCACCCGAAGCGAAGCGACCGGGCCCCAGGCGUGGCUUCCAGGCUCACAGACCGCAGCCCCCCAGCCAUGGGCACCUACACCUACACCAGCCGGCCCCGGGCCCUGCCCUGCCAGCGCCGCCGUUACCGGGACAGCAUAAUGCAGCCAGCUGAAGAACCUAUGCAUUAUGGAAACAUAAUGUAUGACAGAAGGGUGAUCCGAGGCAAUACUUAUGCUCUACAGACAGGACCACUGCCUGGGCAGCCUGAUCCUAUAGAGGUUCAGAGACAGCAGCAGGCUAAGAGGAGGGCUCUUGCCAGAAAACGAGCCCAAGAACAGCUCAGACCACGAACCCCCGAACCCGUGGAAGGCAGAAAGCAUGUGGAUGUGCAAACAGAAAUAUACCUUGAAGAAAUUGCUGACCGCAUAACAGAAGUUGAUAUGGAAUGCCAAACAGAUGCAUUUUUGGACAGACCACCAACACCACUCUUUAUUCCUGCCAAAACUGGCAAAGAUGUGGCCACCCAAAUACUAGAAGGAGAGCUCUUUGACUUUGAUCUUGAAGUAAAACCAAUGUUAGAAGUUCUGGUGGGGAAGACCAUUGAGCAGUCGCUUCUGGAAGUAAUGGAAGAAGAAGAGUUGGCUAACCUGUGGGCCAGUCAGCAUGCAUAUGAAGAGUUACGCAAUGUUGAACUAGCUGAAGUUCAGCGACUUGAAGAGCAAGAGAGGCGGCACAGAGAAGAAAAAGAGCGGCGUAAGCAACAGCAGUGGGAGGUGGUCUACAAGCACAAUGAGACCUCGCAGAAAGUGGCCGCUCGGGCGUUCGCGCAGCGCUACCUGGCGGACCUCCUCCCGUCCGUGUUUGGCAGUCUCAGGGACGGUGGCUACUUCUAUGAUCCCAUUGAAAGAGAUAUUGAGAUAGGAUUCCUUCCAUGGCUAAUGAAUGAAGUUGACAAAACCAUGGAAUACAGUCUGGUGGGAAGGACAGUGCUUGACAUGUUGAUCCGUGAGGUGGUCGAGAAGAGACUGUCUAUGUACGAGCAUAAGGAGGACCAGCCCCCAUAUGUGAAGCCUGAGGAUGGGCUCGGUGGCCCUGGAGCGAUGGGAGAACCACUGAUGGAUGAUGAAUUCCAUGAGCAAAGUACAUCACAGCCACAGAGGCCCCUUUCGGACAGAGACUCCCUGCAAAGAACACCAGGCGAUGGAAGGUAUACGGAGAACAUGUCAUCCCGAGAAAGGAAGCUUAUGGAAGAAGGAGAGGAUGAACAAACAAUAAGGAAAACCUCAGGGAGAGAACUAUUGCAACCGAGGGGAGUCUUCGAGCCAUGACACCACUCAGCGGCCAGUCAGCAUUGCGAGCAAUCAGGUAACGAUGCGCAGGUCCCCUCAGGUUAUAGAAAUUAUGUUGUAUUUACUCAACAUGUCUUUUUGUCUCAUGGAUUGGGCAAACCAAAUAUGUUGAAAUAAUAAAACUAAUUCAAAAUGAAAUUUAAUUCAUUUAUUUAAUGGUAGAAUAUCUAGAAGCUAUGUUGUAACUCUAAUGAGAAUCAUGUCUAAUUACCAGCUUUCCAUUACCAUGAAUAUAACUAACAAAUAUAUUUUCCCUUAAUUUUUCUAAUUUUGUGGGGUUUUUUUCUUUUUUAGUAUCCUAUUUAAUGUAAGAUAUUGGUGCUGUCAGCCAUUGAGACUGUCUGCUCUAUAGGAAAACUUUUUCACCUAGUCCAUGAAAGAACACCUAAAUGUCGUGUCACCAAAAGCUUUAGUGCUCCCUCCUUGCAAGGACCAACACAUACACCCUUAGUUGUGUAAUACUAAAUAGAUCAUUACCCCUUCCAUCUUCAAUAUUCACAUAAGGCUCAAGAGAGUCUAUGAAUUGGGGCGCCUGGGUGGCUCAGUCAUUAGGCGUCUGCCUUCAGCUCAGGUCAUGAUCCCAGGGUCCUGGGAUCAAGCCCCACAUCAGGCUCCCUGCUCAGUGGGAAGCCUGCUUCUCCCUCUCCCCCUCCCCCUGUUUGUGUUCCCUCUCUCUCUGUGUCUCUCUGUCAAAUAAAUAAAAUCUUUAAAAAAAAAAGAGAGAUUCUAUGAAUUGGUAAUAUGCUCUUGUCUGUUUUUCACAUUCCUGCUAUUAAAACAUUUCAAACAAUACCAAUAAGGCAAAAGUCCCUACUUGCCCUUAGGCAAUUCCAUUCCCCUCCUCAAUGAUAAUCACUGUUAUCAUUGCUAUAAUUAGGUAUGUACCUUCUAGGCCUUUUUCAAGAUAUUCAUAUACAUAU